UGCACAAACUUAAAUUUUGUACUUUGGAAUGUAAUGUAUUUAAAAGGACUAUCUUGAUAUCUUCUAGCCCAGAGGUUAAAUUAUCCACCAAUCAAUAUAGUAAAAUGUCGGGUCAGUCAAGAAAUUCCUGGAUUUUAAAAGAUGAUCCUCGCUUGGUGUCAGCACGACAAAAAGAUUUCUUUGUUGAUAUUUUGGAUGAAAGACGAAACACAAGUGAUGUAAGCUGGGCUCUUCGACAAAGAGAAGUACCUGCAUACAAGUACAAUGAACCCAGGUCACCAGCUGAGGUCAAACAAGAUGUUUUAAAUAGUGACAGAGUCAAAUUUGCUGUAGAGAAGAUAUGUGAAGAAACUGGAUCAUCACUAGAAGAUGUAAUGAAAGAGGCAGAGGCUGUGGUGGAUGAGAUGGCUCACAAUUUACGUGUUGGUGUAAUUCGUGGAUUUGCAAUUUUUCUUGUGAAAGUCAUGAAAAGUCUUUUCCAGAGAAUCUAUGUCAAUGAAGAGGCCAUUCAAAAGGUUCGAGCAAUGAUGAAAGAAUAUCCGAUAUUAUUAAUGCCUAGUCACCGUAGUUACCUUGACUUUUUACUCAUGUCUUAUGUGUUCUUUCAUUAUGACCUACCACUGCCUGUGAUUGCUGCAGCUAUGGACUUUAUGGGUAUGAAAUUUUUUGGUUGGUUGUUACGUAACUCUGGAGCAUUUUAUAUACGCCGCAGCUUUGGUGAUGACCAGUUGUAUUGGGCAGUGUUCACCGAGUACGUACAGACACACAUUUGUAAUGGUGACUCACCGGUAGAAUUCUAUGUUGAAGGAACAAGAAGUCGGACACAGAAAUCAUUGUGUCCAAAAUUUGGCAUGAUGUCAGCAUGUUUAGAGCCAUACUUCAAGGCCCAGGUACCUGAUAUAAUGAUUGUUCCUGUGAGUAUAUCAUAUGACAGGGUGCUAGAGGAGAAGUUGUAUGCUUAUGAACUACUUGGUGUCCCUAAACCUAAAGAAUCGGCAUCAGGUGUGUUCAAAGCCAGAAGUAUAUUGUCAGAUGAUUAUGGGAAUGUUCAUAUAUUUAUUGGAGAGCCUGUUUCAAUUAGAAACUACUCUAUAGAUUCUGUGGAUAGAACAUCACAUAAUUUAUCACCAAGGUAUAUUGCUAGUCUGUCAUUCCAAGAGCAAGCAUUGAUACAAAAGUUAUGUUACAAUAUAACAUUACAGCAGUUAAGAAAUAUGGCAAUUGCUCCCUGGUCCAUGAUAGCAGCAGUAUUGUUGCAAAAUAUGGAGGGUAUACCAAUGAAACAAUUGAUAAAAGAAGUAGAUUGGUUGAAACGACAAGCAUCAAAUCUUGGUGCAUAUAUAGACUGGCCAGUAAACGAGUCAGCAGAGGCAGUUAUUAGACAUAACAUAUUCACACAUAAAAAUAUUGCACACAUAACUGCAGAGGAUAUAGUUGAACUGGUAGCAGUUGAUGAUACAUUAGUCAAUCAAACUGGAGAUAAUUUAAUGACAUCAGCAGCACAAGAAAUGAUGGUUUGUCUCUAUAGAAACCAGCUGUUAAAUGUAUUUGUGCGUGUGGCACUUAUAGCAAUUCCCAUAAAUACUUGUGUUCAAGACACUUUUCCUGUAUCGGAAUUGAAAUCCAAGUACACAUUGUUAGAAAAGUUGCUAGACAGGGAGUUUAUUUUUAUGCCCGGACAAACUGACCAGGAUUUUGACUUGGCAUUAGCAACUUUGACACAUGGCUGUGGAGUGGUUGUAGAGAAUGGUAAUGUACAGAUAAAGAAGUCAACAAACAAGUACACAACAUUCUUCAGUAAGAUGUUUGAACCCUUCCUCCUUGGAUACUGGGUGAUGUGCCGAUAUCUUUUGUCUAUGCAAGCUGGCUCUCAUGGUAAGCCAUUGGUGAAGUUACCCAAAACCAUUUCAAAAGAAGCACAAUUGUUGAGCUCACAGCUGAUACGAGAUGGGCAUGUAAACCACAAGGAAAUCCUCUCAUUAGAUAUGAUGAAUAAUUCCUUACACUCCUUGUAUCACUUAGGGGCCGUACAUAAAGAAAAAAGAGAUGGGUCUACGUACAUGUAUCCAAAUCUGGUGAUAUUAUCCAGGGUUACAGAAGAUCUAAGCAAAUUUGUUGAUGUUCCACCAUUACCACAGACAAUUAUAAAUGUUGAUACCAAAACAGUUAUUGUUGAUGCAAAAUUGUAGGCAAUAUAAGAUAAUCCAAGUUUUAUGUAAACAAUGCUUAAUUGUUAAGAUCAUAGUAAUAUAGUUAUCAGUAAAAUACCAUAAUGUGAAGAAAGUCUGUCAAGUAUGUAUUGUGAAAUAAUGGGCUUAUUUAAGAUGGCAACUUUGACACAAAGUAAAUUUCAAUCAGAAAUUAAGUCUAAACACUAAAAAAACGAAGCAAGGAAUAUUCUGUUGUAUCAUCUUGGACUUAAAAGAACUUAUACCGACUCAAUAUAUCAUGGAUAACAUGCUUUAUGCAAAUGUGAUAUUAUACAACAUGGAUAAUGUGCUUAAUGUCAACAUGACAUAAUACAAUAUAGAUAAUGUGCUUGACAUAAUACAAUAUAGAUAAUGUGCUUGAUGUCAACAUGACAUAAUACAAAUAGAUAGCAUGUAAACAUGCAUAUAUGUCAUAUAACAUUGAUAAUGCGCUUGAUGUCAACAUGACCUUAAACAACAUGGACAAUGUGUUUAAUGUGAGCAUGACAAAGUAUGACAUGAAAAAUUGUAUGAAGUCACCUUUGCCUUUCUGCUUUAUGUACCACAAUGCUGUUCUAUCCCUUUAUGCAUUCUAAAUGACAUUGUGUAUAUAUAUUCAAUAUAUUUAUCAUGUGUGUUAAAUUAUAUAGAACAAUUUAUUAUCAAGAUUAGUAUCUUAAGCCAAUAAACUUUGAUAUUUAUACUACUGUA